AUGGCGGACCCGCCGCUUCGCCUCGCCCGGCCCAAGCCCAAGCGCCUGGCCCUCAUCGCAUCCAACCACCCACCCGCCCGCCAUCGCAUCGCCGAUGACCUGCUGGCCAACCUCGCCCCUUCCACCGUCGUCGAGGCCUUGGCCUCCCCCACGGGAGCCCUCAGGGCCUGCCUCGACGCUGCCUCGGCCCCGGACCGAGACUUCGUCAUGAGGUCCGCCCUCGCCUCUCAGCGCGUCUGGGAAUGGCUCGCCGAGCUGGAAGACUGGGCUUGGCCCGCCGAGCCGGGCCCCGCGGGCUUUGAGAACCCCAAGCCGUGGCGGACCGAGGGCGACGACGACUACAUGGGCAGCCUACCCUCCCCGACCUAA